AUGGUUUUGAGAACUGAGUUUCCAAACAGCCCUAACAGCAGGGGCAGCGGUUUCCGAAAAGAGAGGCGUGGAGUGGGGGAGAGGGCCGAGCCAAGCCACCUCCACCGCAGCAGGCGGCGGAGCCGUACGCGAAGCGAAAGCGAGGAAAGCCUUCUGAAUCAGGCUUCCUCGCGCCGCCGCCGCUUCCUGCUCUCAGCGGCGUGGAUAGGUUUCCCGCCCGCCCGGGCCUGGUUGCUCGUCUUCCUUCCUUGGUAAGGUACAAUUCAAUUGAUUACCUCACCAGGGAGGGAGGGUGCUGCAUCCACGGACCACGGCUUCACAUGAGUGAAAGGGAUAGAAAGUGCAGCGACCGUGGACGAAAGGACUCGUGCUUUUGAGCAAUUCAGGAGGAGUACAAGCAUCACGAAGCCUUCAUUCUGGAAUGCUGUCCAGUCGAAGGAACAGCGGGAUUAUCCUACGGGAAGGGUCAGUUAGGGACUGGUCCGAGUUCAACGAUCCCUCUCCGUCCCCAAAACCGUUGUACUCGCAGUCCUAUGUCGCAGUGAGAGGAUUCCUGCUGUCGAGCAAGCUAAAGUCAGUGUAUGCGGCUAUGACUUCACAGAGGCAUAGCCGAUCGCAGGAGAGAUCAAAAUCAAAGGGGUUGAGCUGCAGGAGAGUUGCAGUCCGUCUACUGUUCUUUUUCAUGUUAGGCAUUUUCAUUGGGUUCAUGCCUUUAUUCUCUGUCGACGUCUACAAGAAAAUAGUAUCUGAAAACAAGAUGCUUCCGUUCCACGAGGGUGUGAUUGAGACGGAAAUGGUGGGUACCAAAGUUAAGGAGUCGGAGACGAUUGUAGUAGAGAAAGAGAUCGAACUGAUCGACGAGCCUCAUAUUCAAGAGAGCCCUCCAGUCCCUGCAUUGUUGGAUGAUGAUGUGGAUUUUUCUGAAUCAUCACCUGUGUUGCCUGCUAUUAGAGAAUCUGACAUUCCCGUGAAGAAGCUGCUGAUAAUCGUGACAAUCACUUCUGUCCGGCCACAACAGGCAUAUUACUUGAAUCGGCUAGCCCAUACCUUGAAAGCUGUACAGGCACCUCUUCUAUGGUUAGUGGUGGAAUGGCCUGAACAGUCCUAUGAAACAGCAGAAAUUCUGAGGUCUUCCGGGGUUAUGUACAGGCAUCUUAUGUGCAGAAAGAAUACCACGAGUGUUCGGAAGAUUGCUGUUUGUCAAAGGAAUAAUGCAAUCUAUCAUGUCAAAAGGCAUCACCUUGAUGGUAUAAUGCAUUUUGCUGAUGAAGAACGGUCAUACUCAGCUGAUGUAUUUGAAGAAAUGCAGAAGAUCAGGCGCUUUGGCUCAUGGCCUGUAACAAUCCAUAUUGGAACAAAGUAUAGGGCAGUUCUGGAAGGCCCUAUUUGCAAAGCUAACCGAGUCAUGAGAUGGCACACAGUCCAGACGGUUCAAAAGAAGAGUUCAACUCGUCGAUUCCCAAUUGGUUUCUCUGCAUUUGCUUUCAACAGUACACUGUUAUGGGACCCUCAAAGAUGGAACCGCCCGCCUAUGGAUUCUGUUAUAAUCCACACAGGUGGAAGAGGUGGUUUGCAGGAGUCACGGUUUAUAGAAAAGCUUGUUAAAAGUGAGCGCCAAAUAGAGGGUCUUCCGGACAAUUGCAACAGGGUCAUGGUCUGGAAUUUUAACCUGGAACCUCCUCAGCUGAACUACCCCGCAGGCUGGGCACUUUAUAAGAACCUAGAAGCUGACAUGCCUGUAAUAUAGCUUCCUGCGAGCUGCGUUAUGCCUUGCUCCUAGAGGUGGUUUCUCCCGGCAAGGCAGAAGGUUGAAGCACGUCUCCAGCGGCAUGUUAGUUCUAAAUUUCAACUCCCUGUCCUUACCAGGUGCCCAGGUAAAGCUGCUGGGUGAUGCCAUCCUGAACAAGUUGCGCCAAAGAUUUCGUGCCGAGAUCUGUCUUCGGUAAUGCAAUGUCAUCCUGAACAAGUUGCAGCGGCAAUCAAAAUAGGAUUUUCCCCCUGCCUUUUAGUCUCGUGUAUUCCUUUUGUGCUCUUCAUUUUUUUUCCUCAUCAGCUCGAUACGACAUGUAGACUUUCUUUUAGGUUUUUUUUGUUUUUCAUACUGUGUGUUACCUUACAGAUGUAAAAGCGCCCCCGUACAUUGCAACUGUUAAAGAGGAAAAGCAAAAUACCGUCAUUUAGCUUCUUCA